AUGAUACUAAAGAAGGGCAUAAAAUGCAAGAACUGUCAAAGGCUGUUAGUCAAUAAAAGAUUUAAUUCCACCCCACCAAUUAGUUCAUUUUCAUACAUUCAUGCUGAUGCUUUAUCAGAUAUAAGUAAAGAAGAAAUUGCAAAACAUAUUAAAAAUUUAGGUCCAUUCCCCACAUAUUCUAAUAUAUUAAACCCUCAGCAUUUUUAUCAAAAUGCUGUAUUACUAGAUUAUUCCAAAAAGAAUCCUCAUCCAGUAUCUUUACGACAAUUAGCAGGAUUUGGUAAUACAUUAACAAAACAAAAAAUUAUAAAUAGUGCUAAUUUUGUUAGAAUCGAAUUACCAAUAAGGUUAGCAAUGAGAAUAAGAGAUUUACAAACUUUACCUUUUGGAGUUGUGAAUAAUUUCCAUUUAGCUCAAAUUUAUGAAAGCUAUUAUCAUCUGUUUAAUGCAUUCAGGAAAAUCCCCAAAAUUCAUACAAUUGAAGAAAAUGAAGAAUUUUGUAAAACUUUAUCAACUUUAUUAGAUGAUCAUUUAUUUAAUUUAUCACAUUUAUUGAUGGGAGCUCUAGAAAUUUCAAUUGCUGAUAGUUUACCACAACAAGAACUAGAUUCAUUUAUGAGUUCAAUGUUAAGGUCAAGAAUUAGUAGAAGAGUUAUAGUUGAAGAACAUUUAUCAUUAAGUGAAAAUUACCUAAAAAAGCCAUAUGAUAAAAAAUCACCACAUUUUUUGGGUGAAAUGUUUCAAACAUGUAAUGCAGCUGAUCAAUUUCAUCAAGUUUCAAGAAUGAUUAAAAAAUCUUUGAGUGAAAAAUAUCCAGAAAUUGAUUAUUUACCAGAUUUAGAAAUUGAAGGAGACCUUCAAAGUGAGUUGCAAUUUAUGAUACCACAUUUACAUUAUUUAAUUCAUGAAAUUUUGAAAAAUUCAUUCGAGGCUACUAUAAAGUAUCAUAAAGGAAAAGAUUAUUUACCACCGAUUAAAGUAACAAUUAUUGAUCUGAAAAAGGAUAUUUUAUUUAGAAUAUCAGAUCAAGGAGGUGGAAUAAAUCAUGAUAAAUUAAAACUGAUAUGGUCAUUUGGUAAGUCACCUGAAUUAGCAAGACAUAGUUUAGCUAAUUUUCAUCGUAUACCAGGUUUACAAUUGUAUUCAAAUUUAAAAUUUACGGCAUCAGGUUCAUCAAAGAUUGAUACAACCGAGAAGGAUAUUUCAUUUAUGGAUAUGCAACAAAGAGCAAAGAAUAAGUCAACUUUGAACGAUUUAAUGGCAAGACCUCAAGAGUAUAAAUUAGGAAUGGGACUCCCCAUGUGUGCUGUUUAUGCUGAUUAUUGGAACGGUAAAUUAGAAAUGAAUUCAUUGGAAGGAUAUGGAAGUGAUACAUCAUUAACUUUAAGUAAGUUAGGUUAUCAUAGUAAUAUUAUACAACUAGAUAGGGCAUAA